AUGAUGGAUACCAGAAGCAUCAGUAACCCAGUGCUAAUUGGUUUGAGAUUGACUGGUAUCUGGCCAGGUUUUCCACAUGAAAUCAUCGUUCGAUUGAUUUGGGUUGUUGAUCUGGCUUCUGCACAAAUAUUUCAGUACCGAUAUGUAUUGAAGCAUCUCAGUCUUGAUACCUUGACAGAUUUCGUAGACAGCGUGGGCACUUCUUUGCCUUAUAGCCUGCUGUGUUUUAAAUUAAUCAGCUUCUGGACCAAUCGCGGAAUAUUUAGAAACAUAUUGUUAAGAAUGUCUCACGACUGGACCUAUUCUGUUGCUGCUAAACAUAAUGUAGAUGUCAUGAUAAAUAAAUCUGUACUCGCAUAUCAGUGUUCAAAGUUAAUUAUGGCCAUAUAUGCAAUUGCCGUUUUCGUGUAUGCUAGUGUGUUUCUGGAAUUGGGAGAUCAGAGUCAAGACGGUGGAUUUAACCGAACAUCCCGAGAAUUAUUAAUGAAGAUGGACUUGCCUUUUGCAUAUUAUGACAGUCCAAUAUAUGAGUAUGUAUUUGUUGUACAAUUUGUUCAACUACUGUCUACUGCAUUUGCCAUUGCCAUGUUAGAUGCCUUAAUAAUUUCACUGAUAUUUCAUAUCGGUGGACAGAUAGAAAUGUUACAUAAUGAUAUAGCAAAUGUUUCUGUCAAAAAUGAAGAGUUUGAAGUACUAAGGAUUCAAAUUAAAUCUUUAAUUAAUAGACACUAUCGAAUUAUCAUUAAUGCGGAAUAUGUCGAGAGUUUGUUCUCAUAUAUCGCUUUGAUACAAUUAUUCUGCAAUACACUCGUUAUAUGUUCUGUAGGAUUCAUAAUAAUAGUUGCAAUUAAUUCACACGGCGACAUAAAAGUAUUCAUAAAAAUAUCAUUCUUUUACAUUGCCAUUACCACGGAAGCAUUUAUCUUUUCCUUUGCUGGAGAAUAUCUCAGUAAUAAAAGUCUUUCAAUUAACAAUUCAGCUUAUGACUCCCUCUGGUAUCUACUCAAACCAAGGGAUCGACGUGCUUUGGUACUUCUCAUGAUAAGAUCGCAAAGACCAUUAACAAUUACUGCUGGGAAAUUUAUGGAUUUAUCUUUAGAAGGAUUUGCAAAUAUUCUAAAGGCCUCCGCGUCAUAUGUAUCAGUAUUAUAUGCUAUGUAUUGA